UGGGAUGGUAUUAGGUUCAUUGACUCUAGUGUCAUGUGAAUCGCUAGGUUCAUUGAAUUAACUCUGGGCAUUUCCAUCUUCUUGAAGUAGAAGAAAACUGGACAGCCAUAACCAUACUUCAGUAAGCUAGAAUUACUCAGAGAAAUGGUUAGUGUGCCUGAAAUAACCUUAAACUCUGGCCAUAUCAUGCCUCUGCUUGGUAUGGGCACAGCAGUCUAUCCCUCUGUAGGAUCAAAUGCUUUCAUCACCUCAGAGAUACUCCGGGCAAUCGAACUCGGUUAUCGACACUUUGAUACAGCCUCUAUUUACCAGACCGAGCAGUCUCUUGGUGAAGCCAUAGCUCAAGCUCUUCACCAAGGCCUCAUUAAAUCUAGACAAGAGCUCUUCAUAACCUCCAAGCUAUGGUGUAACGAUGCCCAUGCUGAUCUAGUCCUCCCAGCUCUUCACAAGACUCUUCGGAAUCUUCAAUUGGAUUACCUUGAUCUCUAUCUCAUACAUCUCCCGGUAAGCUUUAAGCCAGGACAGUUUCAAUCUCCACCACCAAAGGAGGACCUUAUGCCUAUGGACAUUAAGUCUGUUUGGGCAGCCAUGGAAGAAUGCCAGAGGCUUGGCCUCACAAGGUCCAUUGGUGUCAGCAAUUUCUCUUGCAAAAGGCUUAGUGAUUUGCUUCUUAAUGUCACAAUCCCUCCUGCAGUGAAUCAAGUGGAGAUGAACCCACUUUGGCAGCAGAAGAAGCUGAGAGAAUUUUGUGAGAGCAAAGGUAUCCAUGUGACAGGUUACUCUCCUUUGGGUGCCAAAGGUACAAAUUGGGGUACCAACCGAGUUAUGGAGUGUAAAGAGCUUGGAGAGAUUGCAAAGGCUAGAGGAAAGACUAUUGCUCAGGUUUGCCUGAGAUGGGUUCAUGAGCAAGGGGUAAGUGUUGUGGUUAAAAGCUUCAACAAGGAAAGGAUGAAAGAGAACUUGGGCAUAUUUGACUGGGCAUUGAGCGAGGAGGACUCUCAAAAGAUCAGUCAGAUCCAGCAGUUUAGUGCAUUCCCUAUAGAUAUUUUUGUGUCAGCAGAUGGGCCCUUCAAGUCUGCUGAGGAAUUCUGGGAUGGAGAGAUUUAACUCGGCCCUUAUGAUUCUCAUGACUGAUUAGACCUAUAAAGUUGCAUUUCUAAGAAGAAUUUUGCGUAGUUUACUUGUGUGAAAAAUGUUUCUACCAAUUAGUUAAUAUACCACAGUUUAUAAAUUGGAGUUUGUAUUAAAACCGAUCAAGCAGAAAGAGAAUCAGUUUGAUAAUCUAUUCCCCCUC